UGUACGUCAUCACGCUGCGUCCAUGCUCCGUCGGCCUUGUUCCGAGAGGUAGUCUCCAGAGGUGCUCACAGACACAUAAUGUCAAUAGUCCGAUCAUCCGUCCAUGCAAAAUGGGUUGUGGGGAAGGUGAUUGGUACAGCAAUGGUAAAAACUGCUAAAGUAAGAGCAACCAGACUCGUGUUGGAUCCCUACUUACUGAAGUACUUUAAUAAGCGGAAAACCUACUUCGCUCACGAUGCCCUUCAGCAGUGCAGCGUCGGGGACAUCGUGCUCCUCAGAGCUUUGCCCGUCCCACGAUCAAAGCAUGUGAAACACGAACUGGCUGAGAUCAUCUUCAAAGUCGGCCGAGUUAUCGACCCGGUCACAGGAAAGCCCUGUGCAGGAACCGCCUACCUAGAGAGCCCCCUCGUUUCAGAAGCCACUCCCCUCAGCGAAACUCCGGAAGAGCUCAAGGUCUCCUGAACCUAGGGAAGAAGGAGCCAGAGAGAUUUCUCUCUAUAGGUUUGCUCAAUGGCUUUCAUUACUGUCCAGUUUCUCCUGUGACAUCAGACAUAGUAAGCGAAGUAAAGAGCUUAGUGUUCCACAAGGGUCUGCAUCCUUUUUCAGAUUCUCUGAACAGAACUUCCUGAUUACUCCAUGUGCCUAAGUGUACUGCAUCAUUCUGUAAGCUCACUGUCUUAGAUCAUGUGUAUCGUUUCCUUUGUUUUACUUCACUCAAAGAAAUCUUGGACUUAGCACCUUUAUUUUAAAAGGAGAAAACCUUUUGAUAAUGACAUAAAAGAUUAAACUUAGUUUUGAUAGCUUAA